UGGGAACGUUGAUGAGGAGGGUUUCAAAACAAACCGUUUCGAUCGUUUUGAUGAAUUUCGCCGCCGCCGACAUUUCGUGUGCUUCUGGGUAGCCUUUGAAAUGACAGUUGCUUCCAUUUUUAACCACCUUACCUUGACAUAAACGUAAUUGUAAUUUCUGUCAUUUUUUUUUUUUUUUUUUUUAACGUUUUGGAAAAUACUAACACAGUGCAAACAGUUAUAUAGCUCUGAUGCAUUCUUUAAAAGUGCAAUUUUUAAACGGCAUAAAUAUUCCUAAACCGUUAACUGGGCUAUGAUUAAUUUCGUUUUUGUCGAUGCAUUUGACAUUUCUGGCUCGAAAAAAAAUUAUCGCGUGCUUAAGUAGCCUGCACAAUAUUUGUGAAUGAAAGCGGGACAGAUCUAAAUGUUAGUAAGGGAGCGUGGGGCGCACACCAAUAACAACUCCUGCAUCGACGUGACCGAAUCACAGUCUCAUUCAAAAAAUCCGCAGAGUGGAGAGAGUGUCAGAGCGGAAGAAAUAUGAAUAGAAGACUCUAAACAACAACAACAACAACAUCUGGGACCGUCGUGACACACGCGGGCAUCACAGCGCUCCUGAAUGAGAAACCCUGCAGUGGGGAGAAUUUAUCCACUUCCACCCAAAAGGUCGUAUUUUCUCCUGUGGUGUCUGUGUGGAGCGUACCACACACCCACUCCACAACAACGACGGCUUUUGCUUGCAUCUUCCAGUGUUUCUUCUGUCAGCAAGUUCAGCAGAGCUGCAACUCGUCCAGCGCCAGCCCGGAGGAACCAAGUGAGGAGAACCACGACUGUGAGAUGGUAAAAAUGACAAAGUCCAAAACCUUCCAGGCUUACCUGCCCAACUGUCACCGAACCUACAGCUGCAUCCACUGCCGGGCACACCUCGCCAAUCACGAUGAGCUCAUCUCGAAGUCAUUCCAAGGCAGUCAGGGACGAGCCUACCUCUUUAAUUCAGUUGUUAAUGUUGGUUGUGGUCCAGCAGAGGAGAGGGUUCUUCUAACAGGUUUACAUGCUGUGGCGGACAUCUACUGUGAAAAUUGUAAAACCACUCUGGGCUGGAAAUAUGGAUACUUGAUGACGUCAUGGAGAUGCUGUCUGUUUAAGAAGAGGGUGGGCAUGUUGAUUGUUGUACACAUUGAGGAAGGCCUAAGCACAGAAACGAGCAUGCAUUUGAGAGCAGUCAGAAAUAUAAAGAAGGCAAGUUCAUCAUCGAGCUGGCUCAUAUGAUCAAGGAUAAUGGCUGGGAGUGACCUUCACCUACUUCCUCUGUGCUUGGUGACCUUCAGGCUGCUCUGUCGUGGACUUUGCCGAGUGACACCACACUUGUACACGUACACAAAUGAAAAACGCACAGACACGCACGCACACACAUCGCCGUCUACCUUGACACAACCAGACAUCUCCAUCGGCUCAUCACAAAAACUCAAAGGCUCAGAGUUGAUGGAACGUGAAUAAAGACAUCUGCGGUCACUGACAGACUCUCCGGGACCUUUCCCGAGAUGUACAUGACACACUUUGGGAUUCAAACCUACUCCCUACUGGUUUCGGUGUGCUCGGCCCUUGUGUAACCGCUCCUGUAAGCUGUUAACAGUAUCCAGGUGCCACUGUCUCACUUUUUUCUUGUCUUUUUUUACAUUUUCCUCUCUUUGUGAAUAAGCAGGAGAUGACGAGGGCGUGCGUUUCAGUGUGUAUAAUUUCCUUUUUGGUGGGAGUCUUCAAAUCCUUCUUGGUGGGACUGAUGUUACUGGUUAGCAUUUUCUCCUUCUCCGAGUCAGGCCUGUUUUGAUUGUGCUCUUUCCUUUUCAUGUUGGUAUAGCAACAGACACGGAUUGACCUGACGCGUUAUAAGAGUUGGGGUUUGUUGAGGGGUUAGGCUAUGUAGCAGUAUAUCCCGGGAGGGUUUUGGGCGGGGAUUCAGCAUUGCAGUGGCAUGACUUUUUGUAUUUAUGGCGAUCCUUGUUUUAUUGCAUUUUAUUUCCGAUUCAAAUUAUUUUUUUUCUUCUUCCUUGGAUGACUUCACUGUGCAAUUUUGAGACACUCUGGUACAGCAGUAGCGUCUAAACCCCUACAUGAGCUUUAGUUUGUCGUUUGGUGCUUUUUGGUGAAAUUACACAAACAUACAUCUAUUAGCAUUGAGUUGGCAUUUGUGGCAGGUUCCAUUUUUGCAACUGUACUAAAGGUGAAAGAUUUUGCUGUGUCCUCAGAGCAAUGUUUGUGUUAUGUUUUCAUCCCCCCCCCCCCCUUCUUGCCAAAUAACGAUGACAAGAUUUUACAAAACUAUUGUUGAUGUUAUAACAAUCAUGUGUAUGUUCAUUGAUAUGUGUAAUUUAUGUGUUAAACCACACGUUUGAACAUGCACAUGCAUGUUAGCUCUGUGUGUUUUUACGCAUUAUGUUUAUGGCAUACUUGAAUGAGUUACUUUGUUUGCACUUUGCAGAGGCCUUGUUCAUGGGUUUAGAGGCAAAAGUCUGUCCAUUUUAUGGCCUUUUCCUUUGAUAAUUCAAUGAUUGUAUUAGAUGCUUUGAAUGAAUUUGCGGGGUUGGUUGAUUGCUGGCUCGAUCAUCUCCCUCUAGUCUAAAAAAGACAAACAUCUGUUGCUUUCUAUCGCAGACUUUUGGGCAAACCUGUACCUUAACACACUAGAAAAUUCAUCCGAUUUGAUUCAAGCAUCAAAUUACAGUAAAAAAAAAAAACAACACCUUUCAAAGAGGAAUCUUUGAAUUACUGUUACACAAUUAUUUUGCUGCUAAUAGAGUAAAUGCAAUCCCAAGCUUUCACUUUAAACUUCUGCACUUUACCAGACUUUUUUUUUUGUAGCUAUUCUCUCCACAAUUUUGCCUCUAAGCAGCAUGAAUCUUGUGCCUCUUCAGACGAAAAAAGAAAUCCCUCUCCUCUGUUGUGCAGCGCAUGACUCUGAGAAAACCCAGUACAUCUACUGAAGCUCUGCUGGAGCUUCAAAAUGAUCUCGAAAACAUGACCUUAGGAGAACUCGGAAAGGAACCUCACAGAAUCUCUAUCCACUCAAAAUUUUAUAAAGAAGCAUAAUAUAAUCCAGUAUUUUUCAUAGUUAGAGAUGUUAUGAAACAGUGGUAUAUAAAGGGGGGCGGGGCCGUUAGAGUUGGAGGGGGCUGAGCUUGCUUCCUGUAGGUGUAAAAGAGAGGCAUAUACGUAUAUAUUAUCAAAUCAUAUUGAUAAAUAUUGAGGUUUUGACGUUCUUAAGGGCGGGUGGGAUGGUGGGCAAUAGUAGAUUGAGUGGCAAACCCUCAGUUAGCGUUCAUAAUAACAAGGUCAGUACGGUCACGUGACCUUUUAAAUCAAAGACAAUGCAAACAAAGUAGUUGUAGAAAUAUCUUACUUGAAAGAAGAUAAAGAGUUACAGACAAUACAUUGUCCCUGCCACACCGUUUUGUACAUAAAGUAACAUAUUUAAGGUUUUAUACAUAUUUCUACUGGGUUAGUUUCUCUACUCCCCGACUUGAAGCACUUUUGUUCACCGUACCUCUGGCUUUAUAUAUGUGUGUGAAUGAGAUGAGAGUGUGUAUGUGGAUGCAUGCGUUCACUUAUUUCCUUUUUGUUUAUUUGUAGCUGUUUUUGCCAUGAUUAAAUAGUUCCUCUGUGUUCUGUUUCCUUUCAACACUUUUCUGUUUCCUUUUUGCUGUCUCACGCAGAGUUUUGGAUUUGUGCUCUCUUAGCUUGAUGAUUUUUUCCUUUUUCUUUUAUUAUUAAAGUUGAUUUUCAUCCUUUAAUAGUUUCCUGUUAAGAGCUUAAUAGCAGAUCAUGUUUUAGCAUCAUGGUCAAUGGUGAGCUGGAUUCACCUGCCGAUAUUUCACAAUAGAAGCAUCGUCCCAGACCAUUUUACAAAAACAAGUUUUCCCUAAGACUCUCAGAACAAGACCAAGGCCAGUGUCAUUCUCGGUGUGCACCAAAAAAAACUACAUUGCUCAAUCACCUGGUCCAACCAAAAAGCAAGUUUGUGGCCAAGUGGGAAAAUCUACUUAUUUUGUGUUUUGAUUAUCUUUUACAGCAAUAUAUUGAUGUUUCUUUUUUUUUUUAUUGGCUGUUGAAAGAUUGUUUACUUCCCUUUUUUGCUGUUUCUUAUAGAGCUGUUAAUCAGCAGGAUUUGUAAUUCAAAAGACAUCUAGUUUAGGGUGACAUUGGUAUGCAAAGGAAACGAUUGUAAGUUUGCAGAGUUAUUUUCUUAGGAUUGUUCAAAUAUAAGGUCUAAAGCAUGUUGUAUUUAUAAUGACUAAGUCGUGCCUGGUUUUCUUCAAAGCAAAAAAAAAAAAAAGUUUUUGAUUACGUUGCUUUGCAUUCAGUCCUAGUUAAGAAAAGUCUGUUUUGUCUUUUUUCACUGUAUUGUAAACUAUCAGAUAUCACAAUAAAGCUUAAACUGUA